GGGUCCGCGCGGGGUCCUCGCGGGGUCCCCGGGGACCGAGGGUGGCUAGAGCCAGACUUUCUCCUCGGCGGGAGAAUGCAAAGCAGUCGCUUCCUAGCGUGCUGAGUAAAGCAGGCACAUUUCCCAAAGCCUCCGUCUCACCUCGCAGUUUGUAGUCCUUAAAUUUCUCCUUAGGCUCCUGGGGAAUAGAUAAUAAGUUGAGGAAACAGUAUUCUGGCAUUGGCCUGUUUGUGGAAGGCGUCAGAGCGGGGCACUGCAGGACGACAGUCGGGUUGUGUUGGUGCGGUGCCGGGAACAGUUACCAGAGAUAAUUGCUCGUGGUGAUGGCUUGCAGCGUCAUAAACAAAAGAAGGCACGUGGGACUUCAACAGCUUUCAUCAUUCGCGCAAACAGGAAGAAGUUUCCUAGGCCCAGUAAAAGCCACCAAGUUUAUUACAGAUGCAGAGUGUCAUGAGAGUGUGUUAAUCAGCUCAACAGUCAGACUUCUUGAAGGUUUGGAUUUAACCUGUGCAGUGGGGCAGCUUCUCAACGAAGCAGUUCAAGCACAGCAUGGUGCAUAUAGAAUUGGAACCAGCACUCUCUUGUUUCUUGUUGGUGCAUGGAGCAGAGCUGUUGAAGAAUGUCUCCAUCUGGGUGUUCCCACUACAGUAAUAGUGUCAGUAAUGUCCGAAGGCUUGGACUCUUGCAUUGAAGCAGUAGUUUCCCUUCAAGUACCCAUAUGCCAUGUAUUUGACCACAUGGACAACUCAAGUAUAGUUUACAAACUUGAAACAGUUGAUGUCAACUUGCAUCCUUCAGGUCCCGGGUUGUUACAGGAAAAGCAUGAUUUCAAAAAUGCUACAUCUCAGUUAUUGUCCUCUGGGAGACUUGCUGCAUCACCCAAAUUCUUCAAAACUCAGGCUAAGGUUGAAACAGAAGAAAACAUACCACAGACUCUGCGAAACAGCCUGCAUGCAGAUUCCUUCUGCAGAAAGUCAGCAUUAACUCACAGUAGGCAUUUUACUAGGACAGAUAAUAGCCACGGGAUAAGCAGACCUGAUGGAUUUCUAGAACAGUGUGGGUCAUCAACUCCCAGAACUUCUUCAUGUAAUGCAUGGAUGGAGUUAGCAGUCGGCUUGAGCCAUGGAGACCACAGCAUCAUGGCAUUGGCAGAAGCAGCUGUGAGGCUGCAGUGGCAGAGUGUGUACCUGCAGCAAGACAACUGUAAGGUACCAUUUGUGUUUGAUGUUUCAAGACUCCUCACUUGCUGUCUCCCGGGCUUACCUGAAACUUGUUCCUGUGUUUGUUUAGGAUAUGUCACUGUUGUACCCAUGUCUAUUCUUGCUCUGAUAAAGGAAUUGCAGGAUCAACCUUUCCGGGUGAUUCUCAUUGAGGGUGACCUCACAGAGAGUUACCGCCACCUGGGAUUUAAUAAGUCCGUAAAUAUUAAGACUAAGUUAGUUAGUGGAAAGCUUCCAGAAGAUAGUGCAGAAGAACUGUGGGCAGAAAGUGUGUUGCAGGUGUUAACCCAGUUCAAUGUGAACCUCGUCCUGGUACAAGGAAAUGUAUCUGAGCACCUAACUGAAAAGUGCACACACAGUAAGCGGCUGGUGAUUGGGUCCGUGAACGGCAGUGCGUUGCAAGCGUUUGCAGAGGCCACAGGAGCAGCACCAGUAGCCUAUGUUACACAAGUGAGCGAAGACUGUGUGGGCUCUGAGGUCUCCGUGACCUCCUGGACAAGUCCUCAUGAUGUGAGCGGGGGCAACAGAAUGGCAGUCUUGUUAAAAACAGAAAGAAUUAAUUUGAUUACAGCCAUACUCACCAGCCCAAUAAGUGCUCAGAUGGAAGCCAAGGAAGACAGGUUUUGGUCUUGUGUAUAUCGUUUAUAUCAGGCCCUAAAAGAGGAGAAGGUCUUCCUUGGUGGUGGUGCUGUUGAAUUUUUAUGUCUUAGUCAUCUUCAGAUUCUUGCGGAACAAUCUUUAAAUAAAGAAAAUAAUGCUUGUUCAGGAUGGCUUCCUGACUCUUCCUCUUGGAUGGCCUCGUCUCUGUCCGUCUAUAGACCGACUGUGCUGAAGUGCAUGGCAAGUGGGUGGCGUGAGUACCUGUCAGCUGUCAUGUGUAACACCACCACUCACCCAUCAGCCGUGGAAGCCAGCACGUGCAUUCAACAUCAUGUACAAAAGGCCACCAACUCUGGCUCCCCUUCAUCUUACAUCUUGAGUAAAUACAGUAAACUAAGUAGUGAACUUUUUCAUUCAGGUAUUUCAGAUAACCUGGAGCUAGUUCCAAGAGUUUAUGAUACUGUUACCCCAAAGACCGAAGCCUGGCGCCGAGCAUUAGACUUGGUGCUCUUAGUGCUUCAGACAGACAGUGAAAUAAUUACUGGACUCGAACACACACAGAUAAACUCACAGGAAUUAGAUGGAGUUUUAUUUUUGUAGGGUCAGCUAAAUCUUUAGGAAAUAAGCAAUAUCGUAUUAAUAAAUUUUAAAGUGUGUGGGAGUGUGCAUGUAUGUCCAAGGAGGCCAGAAGAGGGCACCGGAUCCCCUGGAACCACAGUUUUAGGUUUAUAAGCUAACCAAUGUUGGUGCUGAGAACCCAACUGUGCAAGAGCAGCAAGCCCUCUUAACCUUUUAGCCAUUUCUCCAGUUGUAAUAAAUAUUUAUAGUCAGGUCAUAGUGUCUAAAUUAUUAGCAGUUGUCAAGAAUGAGUUGAUGUCUAUCAAUAGCUACAGUUCUGAAUUUUGCCUUAUUUAUAAGCUAACAAAUUAGCCUGUUCUUAUUUCACAGGUGCUAUAGGAUACCCCUGGAUUAGAAGCAGAGCGCUUUUGCCAUUCACAGCAGAAUCUACAUUCAGAGUAUUGUGUUGGUUUUUGUCUGGCUUUUCUGUCCCACAAGAGCAGCACACAGGGCCAGUGGCAGGACCUAGAACAAGGGUGUUCUCUUGUAAGACAAAUGCUGAACUUGUGAUAUUUACUGCCAAAGCAGAAAUAAGUCCACUUAUCUGUCCAACAGGAGUGGUUACAUCCUUCAACAGUGCUUAAGUCAAACCAGCCGUGGACAUGGACUAGAUAAAGAUUGGCCAAGCUUUUUUAUAUUCUUUGCAUCUAUAGUAAGUACAGAGAUAUCUUUAUAUUCUUUACAUCUGUAGUAAGUAUAGAGAUGCUGUCUCAGUUACUUUUCUAUUGCUGUAAUAAGACAGACCAGAGGAACUUAGAAAAAACUUUAAUUUGGCUUUAUGGUUCAGACAGUCAGAGCCCAUGACGACAGAGCAAAAGCAUGGUGGCAGUGACAUCUGUGAGCCCACAUCUUGGUCCCCUAGUAGGAGGUGGGGAGUUGAGGGGAUAGUGCAGAGAACUCACCCAGUGUAACACACCUUAUCCAAUAGGGCCACAUGUUCCAGACCAUCCCAGAUAUUUCCACCAUGGCCUGCCUUCUUUCCAUUAUUCUUUAAGCACAUCUUUAGAGGACUGUCUUGGUCUUUUUUGUCUUUCAUUUUCAAUCCCCACAACCAGUAUAAUCACUAUUAACAUUUUGGGGAUGGUUUCCUAAGGUUUCUUAAAUUUAUAUGUCUGUAAAUACAUUUUGACCCCAAAGUAUAGUGACAUUUCAACUGUAUUUUAAUAAAUAAAGACUGCCUGAAGAUCUGAGAGUAAAACAGUCUCACUGGUCAGCCUUACCGACCAGGUUAUGGUAACACAUACCUUUAAUCCCAAUAGCCACCCUAGUUGCUGUAGGGUGGUGCAUGCCUUUAAUCCCAGGGUGCACGCCUUUAAUCCCAGCCCUGGAGAAGAAUAUUAAAUGGGGGUGAGGGUGGAAGAUGGGAGAGACAGCUCUCACACAGUCUCAUUCUGAGAUUCUAGGAGGCAGGGUCGCCAUUUCAGAUUGAGGUUGAGGUAAGAGCCAGUGACUGGCUGUUUUGCUUUUUGGAUCUUCAGGUUGAACCCCAAUUUCUGACCCUGAGUUUUUAUUAAUUGUGCAUCAGCUGUACAUAUUACAAAUUGUCUACUUCUGUGGAUUAAUCUAUUUGGCGUUUACCCAAUAUUCUUAAGAGUUCAGUGGUGCCACCAUCACUCCCGCACAGUGACUCACCACUACCUGUUUAUGUGAGUCCUCUGUUCAGCCAGUCCUGGUUUGGAAGACUGUAACAAGUCUUUUUCUGUCCCACCAGCCUGCUCCCAAAUAAUGACGUGGGGACUUAUUAUAAAAGCUCGGCCUAUAGCUGAGGCUUGUUCCUAACUAGCUCUUACAACUUAAAAUUAACCCAUUUAUAUUAAUCUGUGUUCUAUCGUGUAGCAUUACCUCUCUUCCAUCUUGCACCUUCUGUUUCCUCUCUGUGUCCCCUGCCUUCUCCUCUUCCUUUCUCUCUCUAGAAAUCGCACCUACACCUCCUGCCUGGUAUUGGCUGUUCAGUCUUUUGUCACACCAAUCAUAGCAAAUACAUCUUCAUAUGGUACACAGAUACUCACAUCAGAAGGUGUAGAAAGAUCUUCGCAACUUUAAGACUUUGUUGCAGUCUCGUAAAGGUUGUUAAUUCUCCCAAGCUUGUAUAUACAUAAUUCAUCUAGACUUUAUCUUGGUAGACUAUAUGAAUUAAGAACCUAAAUCUUUUUUAGUAUUUACCCACAAUAUUAGGUUUUUGUUGCUCCUUCAGAUAAUUCGUAGCAAUGAGAAGGAAAUGCUGGGGGUGUGGAAGAGAGCCCACAUUAGAGAUUCAUAGCGUUCAGCUAUUCAUUUAUUCAUUUAUCUGUUUAUGGCCACCACGAAUGCAGUGCCGCACAAAACACCGUGCAGCAUAUUAAUGAAAAAGUUAACACAGCAGAAACGUGAAGGCAGCAUCCUUUUCCAAAGCCUCUUCCUGUGUUGCCCCCGGUUAGCCUCCUGAAGCCACUCUUAGAACACUCAGUACUUGUCCAUACUUAGUUCGAAAAGACCUAAUGAGACCUUCUUUCCUCUGACCUGUAGGUGGCAGACCUUCCUCUCCUGUGAUCCCCAAAUUUGUCGUCUUGUUGAAAACCCCCAGAAGGAAAGGAGAUUGUUUCAGAGGAGGGUAGCACCAGUCUGCAGGACACUCACUAACCAGGGUUCUGUGGGCAGUUCUCUGUUCCCUGCUUGGGAGGCCUUCCUCUGCGUUAGCAAGCCUUGGCUUGGGAAAGUGAAUCGAGUUUCCUCAAACUACUCCCAGGUGACAGUUGACCGCAUCACCCUUACUAUGACCUCCAGCUCUAAUGCUGAUUAGUUAUAGUAAAGCUCAUUUAAAAGGGUAAAAAAAUAGAGCUUUUUUUUUUUCCUUAAAUAAGGCUAGACUUGAAAAUGUGAGUGAGCUUAAUGCUGUGAGAUUUGGAGACGGCAGAGCUAUGUCUGCCUCUCCAGCAGGCAUGAUAAUUGCAUGAUGUAUCCUUUACUAUAAAAUGGUCUUUUGUGUUAGAUGGUUUUGCCUUCUGAGCAUGGUUAGGAGAGCUCAGUUAUGAUGGUAAGCAGGUUAGGUGUUUAAAUGCACACAAAGCUUCCAGUUGCCAUAGUUCAUCGAGAUAUAACUCAUUGUGAGCUAAGGACAUCCGUACUGUGUAAAGAGCUAAACCUUACCCUUGGCUGUCGCCCACAGUAGCAAAUAGCAGGAAUAUUUCCUAAGAGUGGAGUGCCAGCUCUGACGUCCACGUCUGUGUGUGUGUCCAUGUGAAGUUGUGCCUAUUUGACCGCAACACAUCAUUCAGUCUGUUUCAGACUAUUCUGACGUGUGUUUGCCUUUUCUGUUUUUUUUUUUUUUUUUCCAUCUUGGUAAUCGCAUUAGAAAAAUUUCCAAUGUGUUUAUCUGGUGUUCUGAAGAAAAUUCUUUAUACAUGGUGCAUGAAUUAAAGAAAGCUAAGACGUUCCUGACCUAUUAGCAGUAUUGAGCAGUGUGGUUUGGGUAGAACUGUUUCCUGUGCUGACCUCUUGAGCAGAAAGUGGGAAAAAGCUAUUUCCCAAUAUGUUUCCACUACGGAAUAAAUGUCAAAUUAGACCUAAGACAAACUAGGUGUAAUAGUAC